AUGGCAGCCCAUAGGCCAAGGAAAUCGCCCAUCAAGUUUCAUGACCUUGACCAGAAGGAUGUUUACGACAAGGCUGUGGGCGAGACGGAUAGUGAGAAGGCCCGUAACUUUGUUGUUGAGUUCAGCCAUCAGCAAGCCACCAUAGCCUUCGACCUGAGCGCAGAUGAUUUUCGCAUUCUUCUGGGUCACGAACCACCCGACGGGGUCAUACGGUGGAUCAACGUUUGGUCACCGAGUACACAGCGUCCAGCUAUUGAGUGCAUUGGUACUCGUUAUAGCUUUUCACCGCGACUUCAGGCUCUCAUGACGUCUGCUACGAAGGCAUCCAUGGCAGAAACUACGACUUCUGUCCAUCGUGUUAACCGCGCGGAUGUUGAAGCUGGAUCCUCAUCAACGGAGGCUAAGAGUGCUUCGCCAAAUGACGCCCGAAUACAGAUGUCGGAAGACAUUGAAAUCUAUCACCUAGUCAAGGAAACAAUGAACUAUACCUCCAUAGAUCAUGGAAAGCAAUUCCUUUGCAUUGGUGCAAACUGGCUACACCGUCGACCAAUCAACCCUAGACAUGCGGAAGACAAGGCAGGUUUGCUUCCGCCAAAACAUUGGUCAUGGCUCACGCUUUGUUCGAACUCCGUUGUCUUGUCAUUGCAUGAGACACCGCCAUAUGUCUACCCAGAAGAUGCGAAACUGGCAGAUGAAGAGUUGAGAGGCAUGCGGUCCAACACCAUGGCGGUGCUUCGCCAACUGUCCAAACAUGGUGUCGACGACUACAGCAACAAUGUCAUCACACUUAAAUCGAGAGAGAAAAUUCUUGCAAGCAAUAGUAGGAGAAGCAAGUUGAAGAGCGGUGAUGUUAUUCGACCCUUGCACACCCUCAGGAGGGAACUUCGCCAGCUUCAUCACCUGUUUGAGAGCUACAAGAGCCUCAUAAGGCGCAUCUGUAGACCUAGAUGCGGUGACGGCCACAAGCAAUGUCCCUGUGCUGCCUUUGAGUCACUAGGCGGCCUAUCGGAUGAAGUCAAGAUAUCUUCGUCAGCAAGGGGUCGCUUUGAACGACUCGAGGAUCGGUUGCAGUUGUUGAUGCUGAACACAAUGCACGAGUACUUGGAUGAGCUGGACGCUUUGUCAAAUACGUACUUCAACCUGACGGCUCAAAAGGACUCCCAGGCCACCGCCCGUCUGAGCAGGAGCGCCACCCUCCUUGCUAAGCUGAGCGUUUUCUUUCUGCCCAUAAGUUUCAUGACUAGCUACUUCUCCGUUGAGAUACCAGGCCUUGUAGAACACUACACACCCAAGAUGUACUGGAUCUGCUUCGCUAUCAUUGCUGGCCUUUCUUUCGUCAGCCUAUUUUUCUUUAGCCGCAUGUUGGAGUUUGUCAUCGACAUUCUUGAGGCGUGGACGGACUCUGUGACGAGCAGGUUUCUUGGAAUACGGGAACCUGUUGAAAGGAACGACGACUAA